AUGGCAAAUAUCAUCGGGCCAAAACCUAGCAAGCGGCGAUUGUUGAUGAGUGUCACCCAAUCUAUACUCCUGUACAGGAGUGAAAUAUGGGCGGACGCCCUGAAACAAAAAAAGUACAGAAAAACAAUGGCGGCAGUACAACACAGGGGAGUGCUGAAGAUCGCGUGCUCAUAUCGUACCGUUUCUGAGUCUGCGGCCCUUGUGAUUGCAGGGGUAAUACCUAUAGAUCUGCUAGCGCUAGAAAGAAAGAAAAUUUUUGAGAAAUCUCCUGAAGUUGGGAAGGAGAACACAAGACUGGAGGCUAGAAUAGCAACAGAAGAAUGCUGGCAACGACGGUGGAACAACGACCGAUGA